UUAACUUCGAAAAUGCAGUCUUCUUUCUCUUUGAAAAAACCGAAUAUUUCCAAAGAUUUAGCGAUUGAUAUUGCAGAGAAACACUUUGGCCUUGAAUCUAAACUCUUUGCAGUGAAAGAAUUCGACAGCUAUAGUGACAAGAAUUUUUAUUUUAAAAGAAAAUCUGACCAGGAUCAGAAUGAGGACAACGAGUUUGUCCUAAAAAUUCUCAACAAUGUUGACUCAGCUAUUGAAGGGAUGGUUGAAGCACAGAAUGGAGCGAUGCUGUUCUUGAAAAACCAAGGGCUUAUUUGUCCUGUGCCAGUGUUAUCUGCAAGUGGGAGUUAUAUUAUAUAUCAUGAUUGCAGCCAACCUGAAAUGACUCAAGUCAGACGAGACAAAGGAGGCGACAAAAGGAAUGCCGUACGAUUAAUGCGGUAUGUACCUGGAGAUAUACUGAAAAACGUGGCUGUACUCACAGAAGAUUUCCUUUUCAACUUUGGAAAAUACAUUGGAAAGCUCGAUAAAGUUCUCAAGGAUUACAGCCAUCCAGGACUCAAUGAUGAAGUAUGUUAUAACUGGGACUUGGUACACCUCAGUAGUAUAAAACCCUACAUCUCAGCUAAAUACCUYGGUACUAAAGAUCGUGAGAACCUUGUUAUGAAUGUGUAUGACCAGUACUUUGCCACUGUGCCUCAAGUUCUUCAGAAAUGCUCUAAACAAGUGAUUCACAAUGACAUCAAUGAAUUCAACGUCAUUGUAACCCAGGAUACCGAUGUUACUACUGAUGUCAAAUGGAGAACUGUUGGUGUUAUUGAUUUUGGUGACGUGUGCUACAGUUAUCGUGUAUUUGAGAUAGCGAUAGCCAUGGCUCAGAUAAUCACUCUCAACUACUGUAGAGGGGAUCCAAAGCCUUUAGAGAGUGCGGGAAAGGUAUUGAAAGGAUAUCAGUCCGUCUAUCCGUUAUCUACAGAAGAACUCGCCAUCAUUUAUUGGUGCAUUGCCGGAAGGUAUAUUCAGCUUUUAACUAUAGGCUCAUUUCGAUGUUCCAUUGAACCUGAAAAUAAAGAAUAUAUCAUGGCAACAGAUAUUCAUAUCUGGAAGGUUUUGCCAGAAUACUUAAGGGUGAACCCUAUAGAACUGUUAGAUAAAUGGAUGAAUGAUGGAACAGAGAUUUAGGUUAUUUUAAAUAACCAGUUACAUUAUUGAGCUCUCCUAGCAAUACACUCAGUUUUUUGCUUGAAAAGCACCAUCAAAGAUAAUGCAUUUGCCCAUGCACUGGCAAUUUACCACCUAUCAUGUUGCAUUUUUUUUUCUCCACCAAAGUCAAAUUCUAGUUAAAAUCUGCUUUUUCAAUGAUUUUUCAAUUUCAUUAUAAUUUACAACCAUUUACCAUUAGGGGCACUUCCAUGGGGCUCUCUACACCCACUACCACUACAUUCUCUAUAUUUUACAAUACUCAACUCACUUGUUCAUUUUUAUGGAGAAAAAUUGGAUCCAGAGAAAAUGCCUCUUGGUAACAGAGAAAACAACACAUCAAACAAACUCAACUCACAUAUGCAGUUCAGUUGAGAAAAUGAACCAGCAACCAAACGCUUGAACUACACAGCAAGUGAGAGACACUGCCGGAGCGGGGCAUGCCAUACUGACUCAUCCCA